CACGGCCGCGGCGUGCACACGUGCGCCAACGGCGACCGGUACGAGGGGCAGUGGCGGUACGAUCGGCGGGACGGUACCGGCAAAAUGACCUUUGUGCGCGGGCUCAAGUACGAGGGGGAGUGGAAGGACGACAAGGCCCACGGGAGCGGCGCGGCGCAGUACGAGAACGGCGGCGUGUUUGUGGGGGAGUUCCGGGAGGACCACCGCUGGGGGUGGGGCACCCACUACUUCCCGGGUGGCGACAAGUAUGAGGGGGAGUGGGAGGACGACAAGAUCUCAGGCAAGGGCCGGUGGACGUACACCGAUGGCAGCUUCUUCGAAGGGGAGUGGCGGGAGGGGCUGCGGGUCAAGGGCAAGGUGGCGGCCGCCGACGGCAGCUUCGAGUACAGCGGCGGCUGGAAGGACGAGCAGCGGCACGGCUACGGCGUGCUGUUUCAGCGUGGAGCAUUCAAGUACAUGGGGCAGUGGGAGGCAGAUCUGCAGCAUGGGGAGGGCAAGUGCGUGUAUGCAGACGGCUCGACGUAUGACGGCCAGUGGCAGGCGGGGCAGAGGCACGGGCAGGGCAAGCUGAGCCUGGGCAACUACCGGUACGAGGGCGGCUGGAAGGAGGACCGGCCGCAUGGCGUGGCGGUGUGCCAGACGGAGGCGGGAGACAGAUACAAAGGCGAGUUUUUCGAGGGCCAGCGGCACGGCAAGGGGCUGUGCCACUACGCGGAUGGCAGCAAGUACGAAGGGGAGUGGCUGGCCGGGCUGCGGCACGGCAAGGGCGCCUGCCUGUACGCAAACGGCGACAAGUACCAGGGGGAGUGGCAGGCGGACAAGCGGCACGGCUACGGCGUGUGCAAGUUUGCUGAUGGCCGGAAGUUUAGAGGU